AAAUCACAGAAAAGGUCCGUAAGGCACAAGCACUAGUGGGAAUGAAUGCUAUUCCUGCUCUCACUCUGUGCACCACUACUCGACCAUCACAUCAUUGACAUGACAUCCUAGACUGUUCUUCAAACGUCAUUCUGUGCACAAAGAAACUGUCUUGAUCCAUCGCCCACUCACAGUCGAAUUCCUUUAUACCCUCAACCCAAGAUUCAGCUUUCUCUGAUCAGCAAAACGGACACCUUUGCAUAAAAUGGCAAAGAUACAAGGUGGUAAUAGGGCAUCCACUGGAGCAAAAGGGCCACAGCGAUCGCAAAAAUCUCUAAGUAGCUUAUCCGGACCGCCAGGAAGAUCGUCAGGAGCUCGAGAACCAGAUACACCAACGAGAAAGAAGAGGAGAUUGAGACCAGGGACGAAAGCACUACAAGAGAUUCGAAAAUAUCAAAAGACUACGGAAUUACUCAUACCAAAACUACCGUUUGCUCGAUUGGUAAGAGAGGUUGCUAAUGAAUUCAUUACGAGCGCAUAUGGUGGAAUAGGGAAUAGCGGAUUACGUUGGAAGAGUACCGCUAUUAUGGCAUUGCAAGAAGCGACAGAGGCAUAUCUGAUUCAUCUGUUUGAGGAUGCAAAUCUUUGUGCAAUCCAUGCCAAAAGAGUCACACUUAUGCAACGGGAUAUCCAGCUGGCCAGACGGAUACGAGGUGUUUGGGGAGGGCUAGGAUAGAGGGGUAGAGCAAGUGACCUCGGCAUCACACUUGCAUGCAUCCGAUAUCUCAAGUCUCAACACUUCCCUUCCGUUCGAAUGGAAUAGCAAGCUCACCAAGGGAGUGACCUGUUCGCUCGCUUUUUCCCUCUCUCUUCAAGUUCCAAUUCUUCUCUCUUUACGUACGGAAACAAUACCAAGCACUAUGUACUCUAAGCAUCUCAAUCUUUCACUGAACUCUUCUUUGUAUCAUGUACUUUUCUAGCAAACUUCAGUCAUAUCUAUAGCAUCAUUUACG